UCUCGAGUCUCAUAGACAUCCUCAUUCCAUUCCCUGUCUGUUGCGAUAUCUACUGCUAAGUGGAUCCGGCAGGUAGAGUUUCAUCUGGCGGGUGGAGAGACUAACAGAAGCUAAGGGUAGUGCCUCUUCUCCCCUCCGAUCGGCCCCUCUCUUUCUCGCCGCUGAACUCACCGCAUCCAGGGGCUGGGGAACAUUGAGCAAUUGCUGCCCGUCUUAGUCCCGACCUUCAUCUGUGCUCCCUGCUCUUUUCGUCCUUGACUCAUCAUGUCGCGAAUGUGGGAGGUUGAUCCGGAGACAAGGGCCAAGCUCCUCCAGUUCUCCAAAACCAAUGGCAACGAUAAAUGCUGCGACUGCGGCGCCCCUUCGCCUCAAUGGGCGUCCCCUAAAUUCGGAACCUUCAUCUGCCUGAAUUGUGCCGGCACCCACCGCGGCCUGGGCGUUCACAUCUCCUUCGUGCGUUCCAUCACCAUGGACGCCUUCAAGACUUCCGAGAUUCUCCGUAUGGAGCACGGUGGCAACGAGCCGUGGAAGGAAUUCUUCGAUUCCCACCCCAUCACGCAAUCCGAAGGUCGCACAUUCGAAGACUCCACCAUAAAAGAAAGAUACGAGGGCGAAGUCGGCGAGGAGUGGAAAGAGAGACUCGCUGCGAAGGCCGAAGGGAGAGAAUACGUUCCGGGUCAACCCAAACCGCAACAACCAAAGAAUAAGGAACCGACAUCCCGGUCAAGCACACCCCUGGCUGCCCGGGGCGGAUCCCCGGCAUCGCACGACGGUGUGCCGGAGAUGAGCAAGAAGGAACGCAACGAGGCGUAUUUUGCUCGGCUGGGAAACGAAAACUCCUCGCGCUCGGAAUCGGUACCUCCAUCACAAGGAGGCAAGUUCACCGGAUUCGGGGGUGGAAUGCCGGUCACGAACACACCCAAAUCGUCAGGUAGCGGGGCGGCAAUUCCAGGAUUCGAUGAUUUCCAGAAGGAUCCUAUGGGUGCGUUGACAAAGGGCUUCGGAUGGUUUGCGACGACUGUGGGGAAGAGUGCGAAGACAGUCAAUGAUUCGUACAUCCAGCCUACGGCGAAGACGAUAGCAGAAUCCGACCUCGCAGCUCAAGCACGCAUUCACGCCGCUACUCUAGGCCAAAACAUGCAACACGGCGUCCGUGGCGCAGCGGACCAUUUCCAUCGUUUCGUGGAAGGACCCGACGAAGCCGCAGCCGCAGCUGCAGCACGGAGAGGCCGUGUAGAACCGGAAAGAAAGGACUUCUGGGACUCGUUCUCUUCCGUCGCGGCGCAGGAUAGCCACCGGAGAACCGCAUCCAGGUCGAGUGCUAUUGGCACCGCGGCGAUGAAGACGGGGCCUAGUGGUGCUGGCGCUUCUUCGACUUCGUCUGCUGCUGCGUCGUCUGCAACGACGGGCACGGGGGCAGGUUCGUCCGCAACGGCGAGGAAGAGUACGGAUGACGGUGGAUGGGACGAUAACUGGUGAUGAAAAAUAGAGAGGACAGGUUUUAGACACACUUUGUUAUUAUUGUUCGGGAGAGCCUAGCUGGAUAGGUUGCGUUAGAUUGGUUGCUGAUAUUGUGCAUUACAUUGCCUGUUUCUUUUGUUCAUCUGGCUGGAGUGUUGGUGUUGUGCUGUGCUGUGUGAUGUGACGAGAUAUUCUUGCAUGGCAGUGUGCGUAUACAAAUCAUGAUUGAUAUUGAUUUCCUCCAUUCGGUGGUCUCUAGACUGGAUUAUAGAUCAUCCUACUUCAUAC